CCCGCCCAGUCUUCCUGCCCUUGGUGAAGAGAAAAUCCGGCUGAACUCCACCUUAGACGUUCAGCGAGAGAAGACAGUCGUCACCUGAUCUUCACCUCAGUGCUGUCUUCACCCACUGGCUCCAUGGCGGGCUCCUCCAAGUCCUCACAGAAGGUCAAGAACGUGCUCAUCGCCAUACUGGCGCUGUGGUCCAUCAUCUCACUCAUCAUCAUCGUGGUGUGGGCGACCUCGCCAGACCUGAAGGGCGCUGCCCAAUGCCGCACCGAGCUGCAAGAAGCCACGGAGAAGCUGGAGGGCGCCAAGGUGGUGUUCGCCAAGGACAAAGCAGCCCUGGAGGAGAUGGUGGAGGAGGCGCGGGAGGAGCGGAGCCGCCAGCAAGCGGCUUUCCUGGUGCUGCUGGGACGGUUGAACGCCACCAACGCUUCCCUGGAGGAGUGCCAGCAGCAGAAGGCCCUGUUGAACAUGAACAUCAGCGCCCUGCAGCAGCAGGUGGAGCUGCACCAACAGACAGAAGCAAACCUGACGACUCAACUUGUGCUGCAGGAAGAUCACAUUGAAAACCUGGAGCAGAACCUGACCCAAGCCUUCCACUUCACCAAGUCAUGCUUCAGCCUGAAGGAAGCAGCGCAGAAUCAGAUGAUGGCAGCAGAGAGUCAGACAAAAGCCUGUCAGUCAAGCCAGCAGUACCUGCAGAAACAACUGCAGAAGUGUAAAGUCACCGAGUCUGAACCAUCUCAACAGACCACAAACUGCAACACCACCCCCUCCAAAAACACCGCCUCACCCCUCUUUGGUAUUCCAGUGCUGGCGGUGCUCGCCUUCACAGGGCUGCAGCUCAUAACCUGUGAGUACACACACAGCUGCUAAACCAGCCACCAUCAG